AUGGAGGUGAAGUUAAUUGAGGCCGUUAAAGUCCAUCCGUGCCUGUAUGAUAGGAGCUCGACAGACUUUCGCAACCAAAUGUUGAAGGAGGAAGCAUGGGAGGCAGUAGCGAUUUUAACAGGAGCCUCAGUGGAACAGUGCAAGCAGCGAUGGAAAUCACUACGCGAUAGAUUUGUGCGGGAAGUGGCGUCGCAGCAAUCGAAGUCGGAGACUACUGCGGAGGAAAAGAAUGAGUGGUGCUACUUCGAGUUAAUGCGUUUUUUAAAAAAACACCUUAAACCUAGAAAAAUGAAAUCAUAUACACAAGCGUGCAUCGAUGACGAGCCAAUUUCCAUUUACUCACCUGCAAUAACACAGAGCGACUCAUGUCAAACAACCGACUGCGAUUGGAUAGAAUUUCUGCAGGACAGGAGUGUGUUAAAUGAUAGCCAAAGCAGCAAUAAGUCACCUAAAUCAAAAAAAGGAUCAAAACGCCAGCGGCUGAGCGAAGAGGCGCAGGAACCUUGCAGUCAGCCUGCUAAGGUGAAGCGCAAAAAUAAGGUAUUUUCAGUCAUGCUUGACGAACUUCUGCAGAAAAAAUCCGAACAAGUGCAGGAAAGCAGGAAUAAUACAAAUGAACGUGCCAACUAUCUUUGCGGCAGUCUUGAGACGGUGUUUUCAGCAAAAAAGGAGUCAAGAAAUAGAGCAUUUUUAGCGAUGCUGGACGAACUUCUGCAGAAGAAAUCAGAUGAACAGCAGGAGAAGUUGAAAAUGGAAAUUCUAAACCAUGUAUACAAUUCUUAA